ACCGCCGACGUCCGUGAUCGCCGGUUAGUCUUCUUCUUUCUCUUCGCCCUCUCAACAUACAUCGUUGCAGAAAUCAAUCGUGUUUCGAGCUGCGCGAUUGCAUUGGUCAGGUUUAGGAAAGCUAUGUGUGUUUUGGUAGUGGUUCGGCUUUAUUUGGCCUAAACAAAUCUAGCUAUUGGUUCAGAAGAAGGUGGAAUCCUGAGAAAGCUCUCUAAACAACGCAUGUGAUCUAGCAAUUGGAUUACUUUACAAAAAUUAAGAGUCUUUAAGGUGCAUAACCUGUGUGAUAGAAUGUAAUUGGAUCUAUGACUUGUGGACCAUUUCCUAGGUUUUUUAAAAGAUUUUUUCUGAUAUGUAUGACAACAGACACGAGGAUUAUGCUAGUAAUUGCCUGAAAGUAUUGAUUUUUGGAGCCUAAAACCUUUUGUAUCAUUUUGGUGAAAGGUUAUGUUUCACUCGUGUAACACAAUUCCAUUUCACUUGUUACAUUUUUAUAUAUGUUUUCACUUGCAUUAUCUAAGAAGCUGGAAUUCUUGCUUUGAUUUUAUUAGCAGUAGCAUCUAAUUUUGUUUGUUUUUCAGUUUCUCUCUUCAGGAAAAGUGUAGUUAAACGAUUGAGUAUUCCAAUUUUGUUCUUUGGCUAUGUAAUUUACAGAAAUGACUGAAGCAGAGUCCAAGACUGUUGUUCCUGAGUCAGUGUUGAAGAAGAGAAAGAGGGAGGAAGAAUGGGCACUUGCCAAGAAACAGGAGCUUGAGGCUGCCAAAAAGCAGAAUGCUGAGAAGAGGAAACUCAUAUUUAACCGGGCUAAACAGUACUCCAAGGAGUACCAGGAGAAAGAAAGGGAAUUAAUCCAGCUGAAGCGUGAGGCAAAAUUGAAAGGAGGCUUUUAUGUUGACCCAGAAGCUAAACUGCUUUUCAUUAUCCGUAUCCGUGGUAUCAAUGCCAUUGACCCAAAGACAAAGAAGAUUUUGCAACUUUUGCGUUUAAGACAGAUUUUCAAUGGUGUGUUCUUGAAGGUCAACAAGGCAACCAUUAACAUGCUUCGCCGUGUUGAACCCUAUGUAACCUAUGGAUACCCGAACUUAAAAAGUGUGAAGGAAUUGAUUUACAAACGAGGUUUUGGAAAGCUUAACCACCAGAGGACUGCCUUAACAGACAAUUCUAUUGUAGAUCAGGGGCUAGGAAAGCAUGGCAUCAUCUGCGUUGAGGAUCUGAUCCAUGAGAUCAUGACGGUUGGGCCACAUUUCAAGGAAGCCAAUAACUUUUUGUGGCCAUUCCAGUUGAAGGCUCCAUUGGGAGGGAUGAAGAAGAAGAGGAACCAUUACGUGGAAGGAGGAGAUGCUGGAAACCGCGAGAACUUCAUCAACGAGCUCGUUAGGAGAAUGAACUGAAGCGUAAGCGUUAUUGCUCUGAAACUCCCUAGGAAACGUUUUGCUAUAGGUGGAAAACUUCUGUUCGCUUGCUUGUGUUGCCAUUGAGGCGAAGUAAACAUUUACGGUGAAAGACUUUGAUAUUUUAUAAGUUUGAAAUUGUAAGAACACAUCAUUUAUUUCCUUCCACAUUACAUCGUCACUUGCAUUGCAUUUU